AUGGGAACUCGGAGCUGUACCCCAGGGCCCCAGAACUACCGAGCCUCGCUGGCGCAGGAGGGCUUCGGCGUGGAGGAGCUCAGGCUCUUGGACGAGCCCGGCUCUUGGACGAGCCGGGUCUGGCGAGUCACAGGUGAAACCGGGUCAGGGGGCAGAAGGUACCAAGAGCUGCCAGAGAUGGAGGCGGAGUUGCAGGCCUUGGAGGCGGAGAGGUGUGCGGACUUUCUGAAUGCGCCCUUCGCGGAGAGGUCGGACGAGGGUGAGCCAAAAUGGGAGGAGCCGGAGGCCUUCGAGCACCAGAGCUGCGCCGACUUCUUGAAUCGCUAUGGGCACGAGAGGUCUGAGAGCCAGCCGGAGCAUCGGUCCGAGGUGGCCGACUUGGUUCCCAUCUUUGUCGUAGAUGACGGCGAGGAGGAGCAUGAGGAGCCCGAGCAACCUCUGAGGCAGUCAGACUUCAGGCCUCGGGUGAACCUGAAAGCCAAGGAGAUUCUGCGGCCGAAGACCAAGUGCCGGGCAGCUCCGCCAUCCGUGCCUCAAGUGCCGCAUCCCCCCUCAGAGCCGCCCAGCUGGUGGCGCUGUGAGAAGGAGCCGAGCGCGAAAAAGCGGCCCAGGAGGGUCUACGAGGAUCCGGAGCGGGCCCGGAGCACGAAGUCGUGGAGGAGCACGCAGGAUUGGGAGCAAGACAAGUGGAGCCGAGAAGUGAAGCUCAAAGCCCAGGCCAGCUUGCGAACUCUUCGUUUGAUCUUGAAUGGAUGCCCGACCGGGCCUUUCAAGACGGCUCAAAUGCCGCACCAGGGGCUCGUGGCGGACAGACGCGCGGCGAGAACACCUUGCUGCGUGGCGAAAGUGACAGACAAGGACUUCGGCGCAUCUCACACGAUCCUCGACGGCCAAUUGUCUCAGGGAAGUUCCAUGGUGUCCAUGGUCCAUGCGUCUGGCAUGGAUAUGCCAAAGCUCGAGAAGAAGCUGAGCCAGCUUGGAGCAAAGAAGCUCGGGCUGCAGCUGAAGCUGCCGCCCGGCGCUGCCGUGUACCUCGACCAGGUGCUCGGCGAGCUGACGGACCGGGAGAUGCAGGACUUUGAACAUGUGCAGAUGCUGCUGGAGCCCUUCCUGUUGGAUGCUUUGAAGAACGGCCGCGAGACGCCCAACGACCGGCGCAACAACGAGCGGGUUGAGGCGGCAUGCCAAGAGAUCUUCGCAGAGCUCCGCGCGCGGAGCGCGAGCGCGAGCCUCGCCUCCGAAGGUGAGCUGCGCGAGAUUCGCUGCGCGUUGCGGCGAGCGGCUGCGGCAGAGGUGACCCCUGACGAGGAGGUCACCUCCUCCUCCUGA